AUGGCGUGUACCUUCUCACUUUUGGUCGGUGGAGAAUGCGGGGCUGAUCCAAAAUCAAAGACUGCGUCGCGUAAAAUCGUACCCUUGGUAUCAUGCUCAAAGAAUAUAUCGAGCCACAAAAAACAGCUUCAAUUCAGUGGCUGCGAAACGGAAAUUGAGCUUAUUCUAGCCCGCAGUGGUUGUUUCCAAACGCCAGAAAAUAUCCACGACAUGACUAUCUGUCCACUGCACCGCGCUAGUUUGGGUAUUGGGUGGCGAAGGUCUAAGCGGGUAUGCAGUGUUCCAGGCAAACUCUCUGGACACAGUGAAGAAUCCAAGAAAAAUGCCGAGCGGGGUUGUAGCUUGGCUCAGUCGAAGUACAUAUUGGAAGCCACUGGUGAAUUCAUUCCAGUUGGUUCAGGUAAAUAUAAUCCUUCUUCUUUUGUACUACUUGCGGGAGUAAAACAUUUGGUCAUAACGUAUGACGUCAUAUAACACAUCAAACAUAUCUCUGCCGUCGUUAAAAUGGUGAGUCAGUUCAGUUAGCUGGGUUGUCCCGUUUUAUUGGAAUGGUUCGGCUAAUACCUUGGUUCCCUUUAAAAUUUCCGUUUUGUUAAUAUAUGAAGCCGGACUUACCCACUUGCAGAAAUCUCUCCUCAGGCAACCAGUAUCUCGCCAGCCUGGUCUCUCAUAUAAACAUAGCAAAAAUUUUAUAAGGACACAGGGUAUAAGCCGAGCCAGCCGGAUAAAGCAGGCAAGCUGGGCUAAUCGGGCUGGCUCACUUCGCAUAAACAGGCCUUUAACCCUAUGUUCACACUAUGCAAGAUAUCUUUGUUCCGCCAAGAAAACCAAACCCGGGAUAGGGCUUUUGUUCACACUCAAGAACUGUGAUUUCGGCGCCAUUUCUGGAAAGGAGCCAAGCUGCGCCUUACCGAUUUCGAAGGGUAGCCUCGCAUAUAGUCUACGUAGCUGGCGGUUUUUUGAUGUGUGUUUUUUUUCUUCUUUUGUGGUUUGCAAAGUAAGAAUUACAGCCGAGCGAUACGCUGAACCAAGGUCGAAAAAGAAAACGAUGAGAGAGGGGCAUGUGUAAAAAUGAUAAAUGGCAUAGCAAGAAAUCAGAAAUGCAAGUGCGGGUGAGAAAAUAUAAAAAAAGUGGGUUAACAUUUUUGUAAUUUUUUAUAUUUUUUUAGCGAUUUGUACUAAGUGUCGAAAGAACCUGACGAAACAAGCACAUACCCCUGAAAGCAGCCUGCCACAAUCAGAUUUUGACGAACUUACAGAGCAUCUAGGUGAGCUUACUCUGGUAAGUAUGACAUUCUAUGAUUUGCGUCUACAAACUACAAAGUUCUUUCCUUGUAAUAUUAGAAACCGUACGCAGCUAGUUUGAAUCCAAUUUUGAGUACGUUCAAACUGUUUUAUGUUUGUACUGACAACAACGAAACUGGAAGAAGAAGUAUUUUGGGGUCUUACUUCAGACUUUUGAAUUUUUUUUUUAAUUUUGUGAAAUUUUAGGCAGAAACUGCAGCAGCCCAAGUAAUUCAUGUUGAUGAAAGAAGAGAGAGUAUAUUCAUCCCAGAAUCGGAUUUGGAAGGUUCUGAUUUUGAGAACACACCGCAUAGAAGCCAAGUAGACACGGCAAAAGAGCCUUUAAAAAAGUUAAACGAUUUUUUAGCCUCUCGUGAUGUUAGCCCUGUUCGACAUAAGUUGUCCGUUCCAUGGGAAAGUGCUAACGAGCGCACAAAGAGAAGGUACAGCCGUAACGUAAAACAAAGUGUUCAAGAGGUUCUUGAAGUAAUUUCUCCAGGACAAAGUGAUAAAUUAUUGACCACAUUAGGUGAAAGCUUACCAGCUGAGAGAACACAAGCCGAAGAAGAAAUUUUAGAAGCCUUAGCAGAAAGCUAUUUAAACGCAACUCACUGGAGCACGAGAAGACAAAUUUUGUCCAUCUUGGCAGAUAAACUAUCGCUUAAGGAACUGACGCAUUACAUUCCCGGGGUGACGCCUUACAGAUUUAACAUCGCGCGGCAUCAUAGACUGUUACAUGGUAGAGGUGCGAUCGUACCUACUGAUAUCACUAGGCGUAUGAAGGUUGAUUUUGCCAGAGUUGAUCAUUUUCUCGACUUUAUUACAAGUUCCCAUAUUGUACAAGACAUGCCAUUUGGAGAAAAGAUGCUGAAACUUUCAACAGGGGAGGUGAUUAAAACACCUAACGUCGUACGGAUGCUAAUACCAGAACGGAUAACACGACAGUAUUUUCAGUUUUGUACCGAGACCAAUUUCACUCCGAUGAGCAAGCGCACACAACUCCGAGUACUAGACGUUUGCUCUGCGUCAGUGCGCACCUCUCUGCAGGGCUUUUAG